AUGACGAGUUGUCUCCUAGUCAGUGUGAUCAUCGUCAAUGUCUUCUUCGGUCAGCUGUUUUAUUUGAUGAAAUCCAAGCCGCGGUUGACUGACAUAGACAGUCUCCAGGGUCUGCACGAUGCGGACGUGCCGAUCUUCACUCCAUUUGAACAUUUCCUGGACGUGUUCGACGGCUUGCAGAACUCUUCAUUGAGCAAACUCAAGGACAGAAUCUUUUACAAGGACUGUGGUAAGUUGGGUUGGAGUUCCGGUCUAGUCGACAAUGUGAGUGACAGCUACGCGGUUGUGUUGACCGCCUCCCUCGUAGAGUUCCUAAUGGAGUCCAGUUACGCAGAUUCUGAUAGGGAAAUUCACGUUGUAAAAGAAAGCGUUCUGCAGAUAUGUGUCAGCCAAAUGAUGCCUACAGGAAGCGUGUUUUACGAUCACUUUAACCAUCUCAUCGAGAGACUGACUCAGUUGGGAUUUUUCAUUAAGUGGAGAAGAGAGUACUUGUCGUUCGUGCGAGAGUUGCGCGACCAUGACAGAUCCGGUUAUCGGAGGAAGAAAAAUGAAUACGAUUAUUUGACCACACAAGAUCUGAGGUUGGCCUUCUGGAUCCUUUUGGUCGGCCUGCUAUCAUCUAUAUUCAUCUUUGUUGGCGAAAGGUGUACAAAUAGAAUUGUUCUUAAUGAAAGUCUGAGCAUCAUGAGCAUACAGUACUAAAGUUUAUAUUCUGUAGCUCAUAAACUAAUACAUCUAGUGCAAAACGUUAUUGUUGAAAGAGGGGUUUUUGCAGUUCCGGUCCAGAAUAUUCAUAAACUCGAUAACAAUACCAUUUCAGUAUAGUUUUACAAAUAGUUAAAUUUUGUUUGUAAAUAAUUGCAACCUGAACACAUUACAAGAACUACAGUGUCACUCAUGGAACUCCAUUUAGUAAUGGAUUACGCAAUCAGGAAAUUUAGUAAAACUGGCAUUUUUAUGAUAUGCGACAUCAUAAUCAUAAACCCUCUAACUUGCAAUAAAAUCUAUAACAACUAAAAACGUACUAAGUGUCUUGCAGCUGCGCUUUAGCGGGGUUAUGGAUCUUUUACCUCAAUUUUUUAUAACUGUGGCAAAGGUACGAUUCUCAAUUUUCAAUCCCGAUCAUUUGAUAUUUUUGCAUCUACUACAACACCCGUCAUUGAACGAUACAUCUACUACAACACCCGUCAUUGAACGAUACAUCUACUACAACACCGUCAUUGAACGAUACAUCUACUACAACACCCGUCAUUGAACGAUACAUCUACUACAACACCGUCAUUGAACGAUACAUCUACUACAACACCGUCAUUGAACGAUACAUCUACUACAACACCGUCAUUGAACGAUACAUCUACUAGAACACCCGUCAUUGAACGAUACAUCUACUACAACACCCGUCAUUGAACGAUACAUCUACUAGAACACCGUCAUUGAACGAUACAUCUACUAGAACACCGUCAUUGAACGAUACAUCUACUACAACACCCGUCAUUGAACGAUACAUCUACUACAACACCCGUCAUUGAACGAUACAUCUACUAGAACACCCGUCAUUGAACGAUACAUCUACUACAACACCCGUCAUUGAACGAUACAUCUAGUACAACACCCGUCAUUGAACGAUACAUCUACUAGAACACCGUCAUUGAACGAUACAUCUACUACAACACCGUCAUUGAACGAUACAUCUACUACAACACCGUCAUUGAACGAUACAUCUACUACAACACCCGUCAUUGAACGAUACAUCUACUACAACACCCGUCAUUGAACGAUACAUCUACUAGAACACCCGUCAUUGAACGAUACAUCUACUACAACACCCGUCAUUGAACGAUACAUCUACUACAACACCCGUCAUUGAACGAUACAUCUACUACAACACCGUCAUUGA